AGCCGCUCCGCCGCUCGCCCAUGGCGGUCCCCGGCCCCACGCGUGCCGUGGCCCCGGCCCCGGUCCGGAGCCGCCGCUGAGCGCUGAGCACCGGCCCGGCCUCCAGAGUUUCAAUGUUCUGACUUGCUCUAAGAUGAAGGUAUGGAAGUUUGCAGCCAUUGCAUCGAUGCUCCUCAGUUCCAUGUUAUCCAUUUUAGUUUGUAGAGACAUGUUCAACGGAAGCCGGAAAUACAGCCCCUUGCCUUCCUCGCCGUCUUCCUCACGGGCAUCAUCCUCCUCCUCCUCCUCCUCCUCGCUGCCGGUGGCUCCCCGGAGAUCCCCACGGGCCCUGCAACGCCACAGCUCGCUGCUUGCCCAGUACAGCAGCCUGCUGGAGAGCUACACAGAGGGGGAGCUCCGGCAGCUGAUCGCGGCGCUGGUGGAGCGUUACCGGCAGGCCAUGAACUCGGGUGGGCACGAGCUGCCCCUGUUCCCCCGCACCGGCAGCCGCCGCAAGCGCGCCCGCGCUCGCCAUAAACCCUGUGCACUGAAGGAGCUGGAGGUGAGCGUCAGUGAGCUGGGCCUGGGCUAUGAGUCCGAUGAGACGGUUCUGUUCCGGUACUGCAGCGGCACCUGCGAGGCCGCCCUGCGCAGCUAUGACCUCUCACUCAAGAGCAUGAGGAGCAAGAGGAGGAUCAAGAAGGAAAAGGUCCGAGCGCGACCCUGCUGCCGGCCGCUGGCGUACGACGAUGAUGUCUCCUUCCUGGAUGCCUACAACCGUUACUACACUGUCAAUGAGCUGUCGGCCAAGGAGUGCGGCUGCGUGUGAAGGGUCGGGGUGUGAAGGAACAGGAGGGAGAGGUGAUGACCCGGCCCCGAAACCGCGCUGGUCACCGGGCACUGGGACUGGGCACAAGGAUAAGCCCAGACUGGUGCGUCCCUUAGGACCGCACAGGACUAGAGACGUGGUUGGGGGUGCCGGUGAUGGCUGUGGUUGGUGGAGCGGUGCUGGCUGCUUGCGGCUGUUGUCCCACCCCGGCGGUGGCCGUGGGGUCCCUGUCAGCCCCUCCGGAGGGUGACGGUGGGUGCGCAACACACGCAGGGCAUGUUCAACACCGGGCGCAUUAUGUGUCACACGGAGAGGCUGUGUUACAGGCAGAGGGGGUGUUGCAGAGGGGGUGUCCCCCAGCCAUGCAGAGGUGAUGGGGCACCCUGGGCAGUGUGUUUGUUCACGGGGGGUGUUGUGCGGGUGUUGCUGCACAUGGUGUGGUGCUGGUCAGGGUGUGCUGCGUGCCCAGUGUGUGUUAUUGGGGUGCAUUAAAUGGCCGUGUGUGCCCGUGCUGAGCCCUGCAGGUCCCUGCACUCCCAGGGGCAGUUUGUCCCCCCAGGUGCCUGUGUUUGGGGUCAGAGAUGCCCUGGCACCGGCUGAUGCUCGGGGGAAGGCUCUGGCUCCGCUCCCCACCGAUGCCCCCUUUGCCAUCACCUCCACACCGCAGCCCUGGGCUUUUCUUUGUCAAGCUCACACUGAUCUGAAGUAACUGGAUUAACCUCGAGCCCAGGCAGCUGCCGGUGACAGAGCCUCGAGAGGCCACCGGUGCAGCCGCCAGUGCAGGAGCAUCCCUGGUUUGGCAUCACCAGAGCCAGACCAGGCUCUCCCGGCUAUGGCAUGUGAGUAUUGCCCAUCGGUGGGGUUGGAAUCCUGCGGGAGAGGGGGCUCAUCCCGGGAUUUGGCUCCGGUUCACAUUUACAGCAGUGUCACUCUUGUUUACUCUGCGGAGAAAUAAAUGAGACCGCAGACUUUGGCGUCCUCAGGCCAGGCUAUAUUUGCUGCCUGGGAUUGAUGGGUUUUCUCCCCUUGGCCUUCUUCCCAGAAAAAGCAAAUCAUAAACAGAAGGAGAAUAUUGGUGUCAUGUCCUGGGCAUUAACCAACAUGAGGGGAAAGGGCUCUGCUUGCUGCCCCCUGAUCGCAGCAGUGUCCCAGCUCCUCCAUCCGGCUCAAUGGGACUCAAUAGCCCAUCUCCCUCCAUCCCAGCGCAGUAGUGAUGAGGAGGAGUCCUCAUAUAGGUGACCACAGCAGAGUGGGAUGGGAGAAGGCAGCCAUAGGUACAGGGAGCAUCCGUGCUGGUGAUUCUGUACCAUGGGGAUGUGGAUGCUGCUGAGAGCAGACAAGCGUGCUCCAUGCCGCAGGUGAUGUGCUGCAGCACAGCAAGGGAGAGUUUGCAGCACAGGGCUUGCAGGGAAAGGAAGAAGCUGGCUGGAGGAGCAGUGCAGGAUGGGGACAGCCAUUGGCUUGCUAUUGACUUUAACAGAGUAAAUGCACCCAAAUGUACUAAUGCUGAAGGCGCUCUCAAGGGCUUGGGUGCUUUCCAGUUCUCACUACUAUAAAACUAAAAUUAGUUCUGUUGCAGUAGGAAAUAAAACCCCAAAAGGAACUUGAGCAAUAAAGCAAGGGAAGGUGUUGCAGAAGCAAAGCAGGGCCCCGUGCUGUGGGAGCAGGGUUUGCAGCCCGACUGCCUGGAGUUUCCUUACCCGGAGCACAAGGAGGUGGCCGAGAGAUUUUGGAGCCUUUGCUUGGGAAAUGGGUUUUGGUAAUAUCUAGGGAUUUAGGGUGCCAUGAUUUGCAGGGAUCAAAGGCAAAGGGAGCCAGUGUAAAUGCAGCCUGCACCCCAAAGAAGCUCUGGAAACCAACCCCAAUGCAAUGUGUGUGUUGCAAACCAACACAAAUAGCUCCAAUUCAUCUGGUUUUUCUCCUUUUUCCUUUCACCCUUCAGCAGCUGAGCACCAGAGGAAUAGGGGAAGCGCCUGACAUCCGCGGUUGCGCCUGCAUGCUUGGGUUUGGGAUGCAGCUGGGAUUUGGGAUGCAGCUGGGAUUUGUAACUGCAAAACUCCCUGUCCAGGUCCUGGGGUUAGCUGGGGCAUCACGGCCGUGGCCAAAGGAUGGCUUUUGCUUUGUGUGUCUUCUAUCGUGCAUCUCAUUGAGGUCCAUCCUCCACGUGGAGCUGCUGCGGCUGCACUGCAGGAGCACUGCUCAUCCCGCGCUGCCUGGGCAUGGAAAUGUGGUUCCAAUGGAAAGGCUGAUAUUUCCCUAAUGCUUUCCAUUUCUAAGGCCCUCUCUGCUGUAAUAGGAGCUGGAGCUGUCCGGAAGAAUGUCUACAAUGCAGAAAGGGCAAAAAAGGACGGAAAACUCCCUGCUCAAAGCUACAACAGAAUUGCAUCUGGCUCCUUCCUCCUCAUCCCAUGCGUUAUUUAAUGUUAAUACUACUCAAUAGGGUGCAGCAUCCGCAUGGGGUUGGUUUUAGGUUGGGGUUUUUGCAGCUUGCCUCUGUGUUGCUGCAGCUUUGCUGUUUGAGGUGGCAUCACACCCCAGGCAAUGAGGGGGGCUUCACAGGGCUGGAAAAAUCAAGAGGUUUGGAAACACAAGGAGAUGUUUAAAACUCUUCCCAUGGUUGUGACAGCACAAAAUACGAGUGUUGUGUUAUCCCAGCUCUGCGACGUGAGUUAUGGGAUGGCUCAUUGUGUUUUACUAUACACAUUGCUCUAUGUACAGCCUGUGUUUGUGUAAUGUUGGCCGGUGCCGGGAGCGGCCGGAGCGCCGGGGCUCCGGCUCUGGCUCAGAUCCACCCAUCACUCGCAUCCAUUGGGAUCCCAUUUGCUGACAUGGUCUCACUCCCAAUUUGGUAUCUGUGAGGAGGAAACGGGUCUAACAUCAUUGUUUCCACUCCAUGGAAGCACUUGCAAAGGGAACGUUCCUUAUUUAAACAGGUCCAGAGACUUGCUGGGAAGAAAUCACUUUCCCAAUUUAUCAAGCGGGAUUCAAAACCUCAGCCUUCUUCCCUUGGUAAAUAGGGCUCCCACAUGUUUUCUUUCUCGGUUCAACAAGGCGUAGCCUCCAAUCUGAGG